CAAUCCAUCGCGGUCGAUUCCUUUGGCCUCCAAUGUAGGACAGAAUGAGCGAUAAUAAUAUCUGAGAUAUUUCAUUGCCACUGAGUAUGAUGCCUGGAAUUAAUAGCUUCGUGUGCAAUUAUCACUGUCGGAUGGUGUUAUAUAUGGAUGGCUUGAUCACUGCUCGAUAAAUAUGACAAACUGAUAAAGAUUUCGUAUUCCACAAGGAAACUCACAAAAAGCUAGCAAGCUAGCAACAUGUUGCAGCAACAUUUAGUUCUUAUCUCCGCAAAUAUGUAUGUUAUCAGUGCUAGUAGCUGAUAAACCACAUGGUUAUCUCGCUGAGUUCUAGCUGUGGCAAGAAGUUGGUCAUAGUAGAACCGUCGGCUGUUACAUCGACUACAGGUGAAUGCGACAACAUAAAAGUUGAAGCGAAUUAGUCAUUCAUUGGCCUUAAUAACGAAACGAAAGAAAUAUUUAAACGAUUUUUGUGAAUUUGCGAAAUAAAAUUAGCGAAAAUUUUCUUAAGAUUUCAAAGUCCAUUUACUGCAUAAACGGUAAACGGAAACGUAUAUUGAAAACUUACUUAAAGAAAUAAUGUGUUGAAAGCAGUUAAAAUUCAUAAAAAAUAAAUUCAAUUGGAACGAAACAAAAAAAGAAGUAACUCAAAAAAAAAACGAAAAUGCCCAUACCAGAUCGUAGCUCCGAUUUGUCAGCCAUUGCGGUCAAUACAAAUAUACCACAGGAUAGUGUUGAUUGUGGUAUACGAGUAUUGGGCUGGUGCCGUGGUCCUUCUUGUCAAAAAUAUGCCCGUCUUCGAAGUUUUGUUAUUGUUUUGGCCUGCGCUGGCCUCUUGCAGGGUGCCUGCGAAACCUAUUUCCGUAUCUCAGCUAAACAAGCCGCUCUGGAGCAUGAAUGGAACCCCUUAGUGGUGGAAUGGCUGCUAGUCAGUAGUGGUAUAUUUCAGGCAAUUUUCGCCUUAGCUUUUGCCUAUUGGGCUCACCGGAUGCAUCCCAUUAGCUGGUUGGGAGGCGUUGUUAUACUACAAGGCAUAACAUGCAUAGUGGCUAUGAUACCAUCAAUUAUGAAUUUUGCCGACGGUUUGCGCUUUCAAAACUCCGCCGACGACGAGAAUAUUUGCGCCACAUCUCUACAAUCAGGCAAAAUUCUUUCGGUUCAGAACAGUAAUAUGCUGAUUUUGGCUAUGAUGUUUAUACUACAAUUUGCUUUGGGAUUGGCAUCAUUGGCUUUCUAUACGGUUGGCAUUACCUACAUUGAUGAUAAUUCUCCUUCGAUUGACAGUGCGGCAGUGAUAGCUACUGCUUUUGGAGCCAAAUUAGUGGGCUUUCAAGGUGGAUUUUUUUUAGUUAUGGGAGUUGGAGCUAUCGGUUUGGGUUGGUGGCUGGGCUGGGUCAUAUUGGGGCCACUCGUUUUGACCAGUGGCAUUCUUUUGGGCUUGUUUCCUAAACAGCUGCCCAAAACGGUUAUCCAUCAAGCCGCUCAAAGGAUUAUCGAAGAAUCACGCAGUCGUCAGUUUGGUAGCCAAUUUGCUACAUACAUCGAUGACAUAGCUUUUUGGCCUUCGUUAAAAAGGAUUUUUGGCAAUAAAUUGCUCAUGUUCAAUAUUGUCAGCAUUAUGUUCAUACAAUCGGCCACCAUUAACUACUCGCUGCAGGAGGAAAACUAUCUACAGUCACGUUUCUAUUUGCCUUUUAGCGAAGAGGAUGGUUUGAGUCAGGAAUGGCAAGCGCGAUUUAUGUCAUUGUUUAUAAAACCUACAGUGGCAGGUGUUAGUAUGCUCAUAGGUGGCCUAUUGAUCUCCAAGUUGAAACUAACGGGAAGGAAAAUUGCUGCCAUUAAUAUGGGCAUGUGCAUAAAACUUUUCAUCAUUUAUAUUAUCUAUAUCUUCAUUAAAUGUGAUGUGGGCCCAAUAGCCGGUGUUAAAAAUGGAAAAAUUGAGCAACCCGGUUGUUCGAGAAAUUGUAUAUGCACUCCCACAUCAUUUUUGCCUGUGUGCCCGGAAAAUUCAACAGUUACUUACUUUGCUCCCUGCUAUGCUGGUUGCACACGAAUAUCGUCCAUCAAUAAUAUUGAGAUCUAUGAAGGAUGCAGCUGUGGCGGGACUAAUAAUUACGAAAUGGAUUUGACCAACAGCAAACGUGCCACUCUGGGUGCUUGCAGCUCUGAAAACUGUUUCAAAAUGCUGCUGGCCUUUCAGCUAUUGAGUCUAUCAACGGGUGUGGUGUAUGGCAUGACAACAAUAGGCAAAAUAAUCAUUAGCUUGCGAAGUGUGUUGCCCCAGGAUAAGGGUUUGGCCUUGGCAAUGGAGGUAAUGUGUCUGGGAUUUUUCGCCUAUGUUCCGGUUCACUUGGCCUAUGAUGUGGUAUCACGUGUCACCUGUGUCUAUUGGGCCCCCAACUAUACCCAAUGCUUGUUACGUGAAACGCCUAAGCAUGGCAAUAUCUUGAAUAUACUCUCAGCUUGUUUGAUCUUCGUGGGUCUUAUAUUUGAUAUUUUGGUAUUCAUUUUCAUCAAAGGAUUGAACAUUUACAACUGCAAAGUUACUGAUCUCAAUUAUACACCAUCACUGUAUUCAGCUGUACCACAGGGUGAUCCCACACAUACUCCCAUGAGUGUUAGUCCUGUGACCACAUCCACAAUAGCAACAAUACCAGGGCCACGGCCUCAGCCUCAGCCCACUAGGCAUGCUCCCAAUCCUGAAAUUACUGUGUUUCGUCAACCAUCAACAUUGACGAACUCCUCAGCCGGCGAUAGUAGUAUUAUUGAGCCUCCCACCAAUGGGGUGACUUAUGCCCAAGUUGUAUUUCCCCCGGACAAACGUAAACCAAAUGAUGGCAGUGCUAGUCCCAAGCGAAUGGCAGUAAGAGCUGAUGUUCCUUUGCAUCAUUUAUCCAACGACGAUGUGCGGGCGCCAUUGUCAAAUUUAAAAUCAUUUACUCCAAAUAAAGCAACGGAUGUAGAGCCAGGAUCAACUGGUGCCAUACCCAAACAGAAACUGUUGGAAACAAAUUUAGAUGAUAUAAGACCACAAAGCCCUGAAACUGAUUUUUAGUUUUAAAGACACUUAAUCUACAAAUAAGGCUAUGAAACAUGAGAAAAUACCCAGGUCUUUCCUUAGCUAGUUAGUCAUGGCUCAUUAUUUGAUGUAGCUUUAAUGUCAAUCUUCUGUUUAACUCCUUAAUCUUUGGAAGGGAGAGAUUUUGUCUGGUUCAAAUGAAAAUGAGGAUUAAAGCAUUUACCACAACCUUCCUUUAAUACGUUAAGAGAUAUUUUCAUAUUUAGAGGGUCUUAUUUAGGUGCUAGUAAUCACGAUCAUGUUGGAGACCUGGGUGGUUAAAUUUUUUUUAAGAUUUAUAACAUAGCAUUUAUUUAACAAUAACAAGGACAUUAAUUCUUAAUAUUAAAUAUGAAGCAUAGGACAAAUUCAAACAUCCCGAUUUACU